GGCCGACCUGCGCGGCGGGCCCGGAGCCGCCCCGGGGGGCGUCUCGCCCGCCUCCUCCUCCUCGGCUGCCUCGUCCCCGACCUCCGGCCGCGCCCCCGCCAAUGCCGCCGCCAAGAGCCACCGCUGUCCCUUCCCGGGUUGCGCAAAAGCCUACUACAAGUCCUCGCAUCUAAAGUCGCACCUGCGGACGCACACAGGUGAACGGCCUUUUGCCUGCGACUGGCCGGGCUGUGACAAGAAGUUCGCGCGCUCUGACGAGCUGGCCCGCCACCACCGGACGCACACAGGCGAGAAGCGCUUCCCCUGCCCUCUUUGCACCAAGCGCUUCACCCGCAGCGACCACCUGACCAAACACGCCCGCCGCCACCCUGGCUUCCGGCCGGAGCUGCUCCGGCGCCCAGGCACACGCAGCACCUCGCCCAGCGACUCGCUGCCCUGCAGUCAGGCUGGCAGCCCUGUGCCCAGCCCUGCGCCCAGCCCUGCACCUGCCGGCCUGUAGACCCCGAGCCCUGUCCUGAGUUCGGCCCCACCAGACCGCGGCGGGACCACCAGCAACAGGACACACCCGCCAUCUGGGGCUCCUGGUGGGGACCAACAUGGACCCCGGCCCCCCAGCUGUUUCCACCCCUGCUCAAACACAGGAGGGGCCUGAUGCUGGACCUGGGUCAGCCGAUGGAGGUGGCCUGGGCGGGGUUCUGGGCGCCCAGCCUGUACAUAGCCAUGAUUGUUAACUCUUCCCAUCUGUCCCUUGGGUGGGUGGUCGGCCAGCGCCCCCACUGCCACCACUCCGUCUUCCCCCAAGGUGGGGUUCAGGGGUGGAGUGGGGCCCAGGGGAGCCCCCUGCCCAGUGUGGUCACUGGGCCACCAGGCUACUCCCUCCAGGUUGGGAAGAAGUCUGCACAGAGCCAUAGCUGACCAGGGGUUCCCACAGGCCACUGCCUGUCCCCAUCCCACCCCACCCCACCCCACCCUACCCUGCUGAAAGCCAUUGGAGAUGUUCAGGGAAAUGGGGGGUGCCGCCUGGCCGCCCCCCUACUCGGGUACUCAAUCUCAGGUAUCCACGGAUGGUGCCCCUGGAAGGGAGGGGUGGCCCAGCACCCCAGGCCUGCCCAGGAGAUGGGGAGGGAGCGGACUGGAGCGGUUUCCCCCGGGAGCGCUUGGGGCUCCCUUUGGGGAGAGCAUGGCGGCAGCGGGAGGCAGACUGCGUGUGAAUGCUGGUUUAUUUAUUUUCCUGGCUCUGCUGGCACUGGGAGGGCACUCUCCUUCCUUGGGUGUGUGUGUGUGUAUGAGAGAGAGAGACUUCAAAGGAGGUUGGGACAAGGAUCCCUGCUCCCCCCGCUGGGGCAGGGUCUCUGAUUUUGGCCUUUAAGGCACUGUGACUGACAAUCUUGUACAGGAAUCUAGUGGCCAUUGGGGUGGAUGCGUUCCGCCUGUCCGGAAGGUGGGCAGCAGAGCCCAAGGGAAGGUGUGGCAGGGCUUUGAAGAGUCCCUUUCCUGCUCCUCAAGUUCCCUUCCCCCUGAGGUGCCUGGAAGUGGCCCUGGACCCCUGGAAUGCAAACAGGAUGCCCGGCUGCUCAGCCUGCUGGGCAGCUCCUUUUUUUGGAUGGAUAGAGUAUUUUUUUGAGGCACCAAGUCCCUUUCUCGAUCAGGCCCCUGUGGGUGGCUCGUUGUCCUCAGGGGGUGUGAAUGUGAGGAGGGGCCCUGGUCUAAAGGGGGGGGUUAGCAGCUGUCCCUUGGGGGUAACCUGCUGGGGUCCACAGUCCUGUCUUUCUGCUGUGGUGCGGGUCUCCUUUGGGACAGAAGGACCUCCACAGUGGAGAAGAAGGGGACCCGGGUUCCCUGUGCAAGACGUGGAAAGCAUGGCCAUUGGGGCCAUCGGCUGCAGGAAGUUUCGGGCCACCUGAGUGGCUUUCGCUGUCUCCUGACUGGGGGCCUUGGGGUCUGGGUGAAGCUUGCCUCUGCCUGUGCCCUGCUCUGUCCUGGGGGAUGCAGGUAUCGAGCUGGAGUCCUGGCGGAGGGGGCAGGGCACGCCCUUCUAGAGCUGAGCUCGGAGGGUCCCCACGGCCCCCCUGUCAGGGCUGCCAGGCCUGUCUGCCAGAAACGCUCCCGCCCUCCCGUGGCAGCGUUAGUGAGAUGCCUUAGGCCUUGGGGGGUCGGGGGGCUGGGGCUGCGUGUUCCUUGUGUCUCUGGACGUGCCCUGCUUGGCCCCAGCGUGCUGCCAUGCUUAUCCUCUGCAAGGGGUAGGGCUGCGGUUCCAGGGCCCGGGAAGCCCAGAAUAGUGCUGCCCUCCCCUGUCUCCUGUCCAGGGGUCUGGAGAGACCCGAGCCUGCCCUUUCCCCCAGGAGCCAGGGGUCACUGGGACCUGGUCCCAUGUGGCCUUGAAGGGUGGGUAGGAGGGACCUCAGGGGAGGUGGGCUUUCCGCAGGUGGUGCCCCUCCCCCGCCCCGCCUGGGUUCAUCCUUGUAUUUAAUUAAGCCCUUUUUAAAAGCCUG